UUAUUUGAGGUCUAAAUCUGUUUGCAUCCCAUCUUUUUGAGACGAGUAUCUGAUAUUCCUCUUGAACUCAAUUAAUGCAACUUACGGUACAGUCUGAUAAUUGCAUAUAAUGCAUAUAAUGCAUACACGUAGCCAAUUACACGGGCAUCUUAAGAUAUCAGAUCCCUGAACGAUGUUUCUCGACUUAUCCUCGAAGAACAAGUAUACAAACAUCCAGUCUUCUCACAAACCACACGAUGUCUUCGAAACAACCCAGGCAUUUAGUAAUUGUAUGCUGUCAUGGUAUCUGGCUUGGUGGUCCUGCACGAGGUCAUGACGAAGAUGAAUGGCUCAUUGCCGGAUUCCAAAAAGGCGAAACACCAACUUUCAUUGAACAUAUCAAGGCAGGACUACAAGUCUUACAAGAAACCGAAGAUUCUAUUUUGAUGUUUUCUGGCGGGCCCACAAGAAAGGAGACAAGUCUAUCUGAAGCUCGAAGUUAUGCGAAUCUUGCCAUCUCUAACGGUUGCUUUGGAAUUUUCCCAGAAAACGAUGUCAGGGACAGGUUGCACUGCGAGGAGCGAGCAUUGGACUCUUAUUACAAUGUCUUGUUCUCGCUCACCAAAUUCUGGUCUGAUCAUAAGACAUGGCCUAAGACUAUGACCAUAGUUAGUCACGCUUUUAAACGCGAACGCUUAAUAGACUGCCACUGUGGUGCUAUUGGAUUUCCCCUAGAGCGUAUCAGCUUUGUUGGUAUAGAUCCGCCCGGCGUGGUGGAUGGAACAAAUGAGGCGGCUACCAAAGGCAUUGUUGAAGCGAUUACGCAGUGGAAAGAGGAUCCUCAUGGCAAGGGAGAGCUUCUAGCCGGUAAGCGCAGGAAGAGAAAUCCAUGGAGAGUCCCCCAGGGCCUCUUCCUUAAUGAGGACGAUCGGAUUGGCAGCGGUGUACAGUCAACUUUGGCUAGCGAAGGCGAGGAGAUGCUCCUCGAAGGAGUUACCCAACCAUGGUCUCGACAUCUGAGCUAAUGAGUUAAUGAGCUAACUUGCAUUGAU